AUGACGAUAUUCGACUCCCUCCGUCGAUAUCUCCUCCCUUGCUUCCCCACCAGUACUGCAACCACAGCGGCGGCCGCCACCACCAAGAAGCGCUUAAGCACCUCGUUAAGGGACGACAACCACCACCAAGACCGUCAACAUAAUCAAGAAGAGUCGACAACAACCACGGAAGAAACCGACAGCAACGAUCAAGUCCCACCGCGUCCAUCAAAAUCGAUGGUGACUGGUACCAUCUACGGCCACCGCAGAGGCCACGUGUGUUUCUGCAUUCAACAAGAUCGUCUGAACUGCAAGCCCUCCCUUCUCUUCGAACUUUCCAUACCCACCUACGUUCUUGUCAAAGAAAUGCAGUGUGGGAUCCUCCGGAUCGCUCUCAAGUGCGACCGCCCCGAUAUGAAUUCAUGUCCGUUGCAUUCUAUACCCAUUUGGACCAUGUACUGUAAUGGACGUAAAGUUGGCUUCGCAAAGCGGAAGAGGGUGACGGACAAGGACCGUUUGAUGUUGAAGACGAUGCAGUCAAUAUCGGUUGGCGCAGGUGUGAUCCCGGCGGCGUCGGAAGGAGAGGGGGAGAUCAUAUACAUGAGAGCGAGUUACGAACGAGUCGUUGGGAAUGCUGACUCCGAGUCGUUUCAUCUCAUCAAUCCGGAUAACUGCCCUGGUCAGGAGCUCAGCGUCUUCUUGCUGAGGUCUCGUUGA